AAUCCUCUGAGACGUCCACUCCCAUACGUAGGGCUAAUUAGGACAGGUGAACUCCUCAGGCAGCUCAACACAGUGUCCAUCAACAGCUCCAAGGAAUGGUGGGACAUCCGGCACAGCAAGGAUGGGCUGGCGGAGGAGGAGCUGUCCGUGAGUGGCUGCAGAGUGGUGUGGUCCCGAGGUCAGGCUGGCCGAGUGGGGUCCCGGCAGGUUGUCAAGUGCAUGACCUGAGACUCGGCUGUGAUACAGGCCAUGCUCGCCUCCUCCUACACCUGCCCAGACCAACCGUCCCUGCUGGGAGAACCUGUCCCUCAAGAACCCACAGGUUCAAUCACACGCUCUGCGAAGCUUACGUGGAGGAAAACUGGUCUCCCGGCCAGGUGGUCAUCAACCUUGUGGCCACGGACCUUGACGCCUGGGACCUGGGCAAGCUGAGAUACACCGUCCUGCACCAGACCUCAGAGGCAGCCGUCACCAUGAACAAGGAAGGCAGUCUAUACACUGAGGCACCCCUGGAUCGCGAGUCCCUGCCUGUGCACAGCCUCAAGGUGUCCGUGAUGGACGAAGAGAUCCGGGCCAGCUUCACGGUGGUGCGCGACAAGAACAAAAACCCACCAGUCUUUACGCUGCCGGAGUACCAGGCGAAUAUCAUGGCUCCCAGGACGACCAUUAGUCCAGUAAAUCUAGCAUAA